AUGCCACAACUUAACCCCGCCCCAUGAUUUGCUAUUUUAUUAUUUUCAUGAUUAAUUUUUUUAACCCUCAUCCCCACAAAAGUUCUAAACCAUGUUUCCCCAAAUGAACCAACCCCAUUUGGUACAGAAGAACACAAAGCCCAACCCUGAGACUGACCAUGGCAAUAA